UAUUUAUUUGGUGGUAUCAAAAUUCUAAGUUUCGAUAUUAUUUUAGAAGUGAUAGAAUUUGUAAUAUUAAACUAUGGAGUAGAAAUGAAUAAAGAUUUAGCAUUUGAAUGGUUUUUAAAAUUAGCA